AUGGCGGCUGCCGACGACGAUGGCCAGAUCGACGACGACGAGUUCUACGAGUACAACCCGCACCCCUACGGCGGCGGCUACGACAUCUCCGCCACCUACGGCGCCCCGCUCCCGCCCUCCACCUCCACCUGCUACCCCAUCUCCUCCCCCGCCGGUGCCCCCGCGCGCUCAUCUCCACGUCCACCUGCGCCCGCGCCUGUUCCUGCUCCCGCCACGCCGCAGCCGGCACCAGCUUCGCCCGCGAAGCCCCGGCCGGUCCCAUCGCCAGAGCCGGCGAGGACACCGCCCUUUUCGCCGGUUCCGGUGCCAGUGCCGGUGCCUGUGCCGGUGCCGGUCGCGGAGCCGUUCUACUGGCCCAAGCCGCACGACUACGGGGACGCGCCCCGGUGGCCGCUGGUGUACCCCACGCCGGAGGUGUUCCGGCGCUGGCCGUACCUGGCGGCGGGGUCGCAUUGCUGCCACUCGCGGGGCGGGCCGCGCGACUACUGGAGGCAGUGCAUGCGCGGGCUGGACUUCCUCUUCGGCCACGCCGACGGGUACGGGGAGCGGCGGAUCGGGACCGACUGCCACGGGGUCCCCGUGUACGCCAACAAGAAGGGGGGAGUGGAGGACGCCGUGGUCGUCGAGGUGCCGCCGCCGGCAAUUGGGAAUGUGCAGUGGCACGACGCCGGUGAGGUGCCGGCAAUUGGGAAUGGGCAGUGGCACGACCACGCCGAGGUGCCGUCAACUGGGAAUGUGCAGUGGCACGACCACGGCGAGGUGCGUGGGAAUGUGCAGUGGCACGACCACGGCGAGGUGCAUGGGAAUGUGCAGUGGCACGACGCUGGCCAGGCGCACGAUCAGAGCAAUUGGCUAUCUUCAUACCACAAUGCAAAAGAGGAUACGUAUGCAUAUGCCCAUUCUACCUAUGGCUCAUAUGACACAUCCUACGAACAGUCUUACAGUGUUGAUGUUGUUCCGGAUGAACCUACCUGGUUUCCCAAUCAGAGCUACCAGGAUGUUUACAGAGAGGAGGAACCUCAGUGUCAGGAGGUUUUGCCCAGUUAUGGCAUAGAAAGUACAUUUUCAUCUCAACCUAUUUAUUGCUACAAUCAGCACACUGGUGAACAACCACUGCAUGUUCAGGUUGAGCCUCCGGAAACAUUUUAUUCUCACAAGCUGGAGUACCACGAGAAUUUCUCAACAUAUACCAACCAUAUUGAUAAUUCGGAGAUAUCGACACAGUCAUGUGAGAUACAGCCCUAUGCAUAUGUACCUGACAGCCCAGUUGAAGCUUAUCAACCUUCUUGGUCGAUGAAUUUGGGAUACUAUCAGGACUCUGCAGAAGAGGUGACUCCUCAGUAUGAUAAUCAUGCUUUCGAAUCUGGUGAAUAUGGAGGCAUGGCAAGCAUAUUCUCGUCUUCCUCCUAUCCUCAGCAAGUAGAAGUUUAUGAGCAGUCUUAUGGUGAUGAGUAUGUCUCCUUACAACAAAAUUUCCUGAGCAACUGGAAUGCUUUUUCUGAAGAUACCUCUGAAAUCACUAAAUCAGUUGAUGAUUGCAACCAUCUGAAUGGCUCCUUCUGGCCCUUUGGAGAAUACUCAACAUAUACUGUAUAG